AUGGAGAAGGCACCGCUGUUGGAACGGGAACAGGAGUACAACGCCGUUCAUGCAUUCAUUGAGGAACGAUUACGGAUGUCGCACUGCAGGUCACUUUUUGUAUUUGGCGCCUGUGGCUGCGGUAAGACCUCAACAAUUCUUCGUGCGAUGCGAUGUGUCUCACACCGUCCGAUGGCAUGUGACAAGGUAGUCGGACGGACAAGCGCGGGAGGACGCGGCAGCUGUGGAAGCGGCAGAAGUAAGAGUCACAGCAGUCACGAUAACUCGCCUUCCCCAGCGAUCGUGAAGCGGAAACCGGUUAAACGACGUCGCGGUGAAAAUGAGAGUGAAGACGCCGUGGACACUUUGGAAGGCGCUGCGAAUGGUCGAAUUUCAGUUGGCGCCAGGGACGCAUCACCGGAAGGCGAUUUCGUUUCUUCGUCUUCCCCACUGCCGGCCGCUACACUGCGGCUGUUGGAAGCCGACCGUCGCAUACAAUGCCACUAUGUCAACUGUGCCGAUAUGACGUCGCAGCAGCUGUGUGAUGCCAUUGCCAGCUGCUUUCGUGUGGCCCAGCCUCGUCUCGAUGCGUCGUCGCGGAAUUUGUUGAGUGAAAUUGAAGCACUUCCACGGCAUGUCACCGCAUAUAAGCGUCGUGGUGUGGCCGCUGAAGCGGCACGGAAACUUCUCCUGCGGGAUUCCGCCGUCGAACAUGUCACAGAACCCACGGCUUUGAAAAAAUGCGUGUUGAAAGUACCGCUCCAUGUUCUGGCGCUAGACGAGGUGGAGUACGUUCGAGCCGGUGCCCGUGGCCUGUUAACUGCACUGGCCGCGCUUUCCGUGGAGCAUGCAUCACAACUGGCCCUCGUCUUCAUCUCCAAUCAACGCGAGUUGGUACAUGUCCCGUACAUGCUACUGAAGGAGCUUCCUUUUGAGGCGUAUAGCGCACAGACGUUGGAGCGCAUCUGUGCAAGAAUUGUGGCCAAUGUAGAUUUCACGGAGAAGGAACGGAUGCAGGUGCAGUUGAGUCCGGCUUUGAUAGCGUACAUUGCCAAGAAAGCCGUCCACGAAUACUCCGGUGAUGUUCGCCAAGUGGCUUCCAUGUCCCGCCGCCUUGUCCACACAGCCCAGCAAGAGGCUCGUGAUGAGGCAAUCAAACGAGGUGACGUGCGUAAUGACGAAACCCCGCAGCGUCGCAGCGGUAGUGGCAUCACACGCGCUGGCGCGGUUCCGGGCAAUACGUCGCCAGCCUCUCCCGCCGCCGUCAUGACACUCGCGCAGAGCCAAAAAGUAUUACGUGGUACUGCUGUCGUGAGCGAUCGCGUCUUUGAGUACGUUGCGGGUAUGCCAGAGCAGAUGCUAUAUGUUCUCAGCUGCCUUGUUGUCUUGGCACUCCGACAGCAGCGGGAUAAAAGUCUUGCGCAGUCAAAUGUGGCCGGCGUGACAUCAACGACACGUCGUGUGAGGACCGAUGCUGCAGCGGGUAAAACAGAGCCGGGCACAUUUGCGAUGCGUGAGGUCCACCGCAUGUACACGGCACUUAUGGGUCAGCAACGAUUUCCAAUGAUGAAUGCGGCAGGCAUUGCGUCUGCGAUUGAUAGUUUCGCAGAUCUUGGUAUUAUUUCUCGGCCACAGCGAUGUAGAAAUGAGGAACUUUUUUCUUUUAACGGCACAUGGUCAUUGGAGUCGAUGCAGAGUGCACUUACCACCCGCGGUGAGUUACUGCGACAGGAACGCAUAGAGUUUGGUUUAGAUGGUUCAGAGAAUCGUUUUAGUGAAGUCUUACGGGAACUGAAGAAAAUUGCCGGACUGUAA